AUGACCGCUAAGGAAGGGGCUCCAUUGAUGACAGGCGUGCGUGUCAGGGAUGACAUUCUGGAUGUGUACGCGAGACAGUAUGCUAGUGCAGUCGGACCAGACUUCAUCCUCAUGGACGAUAACGCAAGACCUCGUCGAGCCAGGGUCGUCGAAGGCCUCCAGAGACUGGCCUCUAGCAACUUCCCAGAUAGCACCUGCCCUCUAAGGCCUCUAGAGACUGUCAGCCAGUUCCCAGAUAGCACCUGCCCUCUAGGGCCUCCAGAGACUGUCAGCCAGUUCCCAGCUAGCACCUGCCCUCUAGGGCCUCUAGCGACUGUCAGCCAGUUCCCAGCUAGCACCUGCCCUCUAGGGCCUCAAGCGACUGUCAGCCAGUUCCCAGCUAGCACCUGCCCUCUAGGGCCUCCAGAGACUGUCAGCCAGUUCCCAGCAAGCACCUGCCCUCUAGGGCCUCUAGCGACUUUCCCAGAUAGCACCUGCCCUCUAGGGCCUCCAGAGACUGUCAGCCAGUUCCCAGCUAGCACCUGCCCUCUAGGGCCUCUAGCGACUGUCAGCCAGUUCCCAGCUAGCACCUGCCCUCUAGGGCCUCAAGCGACUGUCAGCCAGUUCCCAGCUAGCACCUGCCCUCUAGGGCCUCCAGAGACUGUCAGCCAGUUCCCAGCAAGCACCUGCCCUCUAGGGCCUCUAGCGACUGUCAGCCAGUUCCCAGCUAGCACCUGCCCUCUAGGGCCUCUAGCGACUGUCAGCCAGUUCCCAGCUAGGACCUGCCCUCUAGGGCCUCCAGAGACUGUCAGCCAGUUCCCAGCUAGGACCUGCCCUCUAGGGCCUCCAGAGACUGUCAGCCAGUUCCCAGGUAGCACUUGCCCCCAGGGCCUCCAGAGACUGUCAGCCAGUUCCCAGGUAGCACUUGCCCCCAGGGCCUCCAGAGACUGUCAGUCAGUUCCCAGCUAG